AUGCGAGCGCAUCCCACGUUUUACGUUGGUCGGCUUAAGACGUACCAUCAGUACGCUGCUUCUUCCGAUGAAGAACGCCCUUGCGCUCAAGCAUCUCGCAGAGAGCCUUGUGCCCCCGAUGAUGGGCAUCGACAAGGGUCUGAAGAGCAGUUAUCUCAUCCCGAGACCGAUCAACAAUCCCACGAGCUACCCUUAGCUCGUCACGAAGAGCUGUCAGAGCUCUCUCAUUCUCAAGCUAAGCAAAUGCAAACUCAGCUCGAUGCUUCGAGGCAGUGUCCGCCAUUUGGAGACGCCUAUUCCGCUCAUGCUCGAGAUCGUCGCGUAACCCUUUCGUUACGCGAUCAAAGAAGCUCUCGGGAACACACGCUACCCCACGAUUGUGUGGAGAGCGUCUUUCCUCCUCCUCCACCUUCAGUAGAGGACUCUCGCGGUGGCCAGCUCUAUCUAGUUGAGCAGCUGUUGAACCACCGCGACGUGAACGGACGUCGGAAGAGUUAA